AUGUUAAGUGUGUAUAGAGCUCUUAUUCCUCAGCCGUGUGCAACGUUACCAUGCUUACGAAUGGACGUAAAGGUACAUUUUCUACUCUUUCUACUUGUUUCAAUUAAUUAAUUAGCGAACCUCGCCGAUCUCUGAACAAAUGCUACAAAAAUUACCGAUUUCAAUGUAUUCUUUUCUUUCAGCGUUUCAUCGAACUGAAUUUUAACACGAUGAAUAUCGCCAGUCAGUUUGCUAACACGACUAUUCUCCGUGUCGAGUAACCGUCGUAGUACAACGAUUUGUAGAUGCAAGUGUUCGAUCCGCUGGUUCAAAUCGUCGAUCGUGCCACGAAGAUAUUGAACAUCACUGCGCCUACAUCUCCAGGCAUUCAACAUAAGCACGUGACACACUAAAUACGCAGCUUUCUUUGGAUUUUGAAAGAACUGAGAACACGCUUGCUCGGAUUCCGAUGUGGCGAACCCGUCCAUCCACUUCCUGAUACCGACGCUGAUCCCCAUUUCGUUGCCAAUGGUCUCCUUGAUUUUAUCAUUUUCUUCGAAUUUCUCCGCGGUUGAACUACUGUCUGAUCUGAAUCGCAAAAUGAUGCAUCACUUAAUUGCGUUUAAACUGUUAUAAAUAUUCUACAGUAUAAACUGUACCUAAGAUCGCCGUUUUCAGCAUCCAUUAUCAAAGGUGAAAAAUCAAUCAUGGAUAAACUCUUUUUGCAACGUGAUGUAUCGAUAACAUGAUAGAUCGAGCAUGUUGAAUUGUCCGGACAGCUUUUCGUCGUGUUGAUUGUGGCUUUAUGAUUAACUGUUGCAAGACUGGCUAAUCUGAAAGAGGUCCUGGGAGGACGAUAAUAUCGAUUGGGUCUCUGACAUCUUACAGGAAGUUGCGAGUACGUUAGAAACUUAUGUUGCAUGCAUCUCGUCAGCUGUUUCUUAGCGAAACAUUGAUUCGACCCUUCCCUCGAGCUUGUUGAAACACUCAGGGAAGACGAGCUUUUCGGAGUGAUCGCAAUUUCUGGCAUUACUUUUGCAAUUCACGAGUAAACUCUUUACAAAACUAUUAAUGUUGUUUAUUCGUGUCAUGGAGACGAAACGAGUGAGUAAAGUAACAGAAAAGCAUCGUCACUCUUGAUAACAAUGCGUAUACAAUAACAGUGAUAAAUUUUUAACAGAAUGAAAAUUUUAUUUUCUAAAGUUUUGUAUUUUUUAAAAUUGUAUUUUCUAAAAUUUUUCCCAAAAUGAUAUGCUUUUCCCUUCAAUUUUGUAUAAUAUCUUUUUUAAUCUGCAAUUUUGAAUACGUUUUUCCUAUUUUUGUAUUAUUUCGACUACGUAAUAUAAUAUAUAUAUAUAUAUGUAGAUUACGUCGAGUUAUGCUUUGAACGCACUACUUCGUAGAAUUACAUAAAUCGAAUAUAUCUAUGAUAAGGAACGACUAAAAAACUUAUGUAACAUAGAUCUGAUCUACAACAUAAUUGCAAACAACGAACGAUUUUGUUUGCGUCGAAAACUGAUUUAGUAAGCUUAAAUUAACAUAGUAUUAUGACUUAAUAAAUAAUUUAUGAAAAUAUUCCUAAUAAGUGAUAAUUAGAACCGAGGAAAAAAUUUUAAAGUAUAAACAACAAUGUAAAUUAACUGGAUAAUAUAAAUAAUAGAUAAUAAUACUUGAUAAUAAUUAUUAAAUAUUUUACAAUAAUGUAAAUAACUAUUGUUUUAUAUAAUGUCGAAUAAAUUCCUGAUUAUCUAACAUCAUACAGCGUCACAUAAUAAAAGAGAAUUGACGUGUUUGCAUGAGUCAUCGGCCAUUAAGCACUUAGGUAGAUAGAACCUACGUACGCCCCUGAAUUUUAAUUUACUAAUCUACUUGAUAAAUUUGCUGAAUCUUAAAUUUAUUUUAAUAUAUUAGUAAUUAGUAUAUUCACGUUAGAAAACGCUAAAUUUAAUGCUGCAGUUCAACACUUAGUGAAUAUUUUCAAUUUAAAAACCUAAUGCACGAAAACCCGUAAGAAAAGCAAUAUGGAAAAACAUCAGCAGAAUAAAAUGUUGAUAUGCAAAACAUAUCUGUGAAACGUAUUAUAUACAUGCGUUCACUUGUCUCGAGUGUUAGCCGCGAGUUGUGAGUAUAGAAACAUCGGAGUAUGCGAACUUGCGCGAUCGACGAAACGUAUUGCUCAGCUCCUACCAAAGCAACGAGCAUGCCAGUACCGAUACAAAGUCCGUGCGAAAUGUUGUGCCGCGUUAAGUCUUGUUUCUAGUUACGGCCGUGCACGCUUUCAUGUCGCGUGCAAAUGGUGUACGCAGCAGUACUUCACGAGACAAAAAAAACUUCAGUCGCAGAUCUAAACAUUGAUUCAUCUUUUCUUUUUUUUUUUUGUUUCGAAAUUAUUCGGCCCGGUGUGCAGUCAGUUCACGUUUUGUUCAAGAAUCCUUAGAGACAAAAUUUUUCUUGACAAGAGAAUUUAUCUGAGAUAGUAUGCGUGCUUUUCAUAGUUGAACGUGCUUUACUAUGUUGAUCAAGCUGCAGGCAAGUCUUUCCCGUCACAUUGUCCUACGAUAGUUUAAUUAUAGCUGCACGGCUUGUGCGAACCUAGGCUUUCCCAAAAUAAUGAUUGGAUCAGCGUAGCAUCCCUCCUUGCCCUCCACUCUCUAUGUUCUGUUCCCUUAGGACUUGGGACACUUGUGUGCAGUUCUUCUGGAAUUGAAGUCAUCCAAACUACUGAUCCUGGGUUCGUGGAGUAUAGUGAAAAGGAGGAUCAAUUGCAAGUGGAAAUGAACACUGGGAGGAUAUUGCCAUAUGUUGAAAUAAUAGAACAGCCAGCAAGUAAAGCUUUACGCUUUCGCUAUGAAUGUGAAGGUAGAUCAGCUGGUAGUAUACCUGGUAUAAAUAGUACACCAGAAAACAAAACAUUUCCUAGUAUAAGAAUAGUUGGAUAUAAAGGUCGAGCUGUAGUUGUAGUAUCAUGUGUAACAAAAGAUCGACCACAUAGACCUCACCCUCAUAAUCUUGUUGGGAAAGAAUCAUGUAAACGUGGUGUUUGUACAGUAGAAGUUUCACCAGAAAAUAUGACAGUCACAUUUGCAAAUCUUGGUAUUCAAUGUGUCAAGAAAAAGGACAUAGAAGAAGCACUUAAAAUAAGAGAAGAAAUUCGCGUAGAUCCUUUUCGAACUGGUUUCGAACACAAAAAACAACCUACUAGCAUUGAUUUAAAUGCAGUAAGAUUGUGCUUUCAAGUUUUUUUGGAAGGAACACAAAAAGGAAAAUUUAAUGUGCCACUGUCACCGAUUGUAUCUGACCCUAUAUUUGAUAAAAAGGCAAUGUCAGAUCUUGUGAUAUGCAAGCUCAGUCACUGUAGUGCAUCAGUCGCUGGUGGUAUGGAAAUGAUCUUGUUAUGCGAGAAAGUUGCGAAAGAAGAUAUACAAGUUAGAUUUUUUGAAGAGAAGGAUGGACAAGUGGUUUGGGAAGGAAUUGGUGAUUUUCAACCUGCUCAUGUACAUAAACAAACAGCAAUUGCAUUCAGAACACCCACAUAUCGUAUACAGCAAGUGGAGCAGCCAGUGCAAGUAUAUAUUCAACUUAAAAGACCAUCGGAUGGUGCGACAAGCGAGCCAUUACCUUUUCAAAUGUUACCCCUUGGUGCAGAUGGUAUGGCGUUAAAUCAACCGAUUGAAUACAAUUUUAACAUUAUCAAAUCAGAACCGAAGGAAAAUAUAUCUCCUUAUGGAAACCCAGUCGGAAGUGGAAGAUCGUUUCCGUUGUAUUCGAUGGGAACCACUUCUCCACAACCGCAAUCUAGUAUGCAAACGUUGAGGCCACAAGUAUCGCCAGGUCGUAUAUCACCAAUAGAGUAUAGUCCAUAUAACCCAGCACUUAUUCAAUCACAAUCAUCACCGCAAUAUCAAUCAACAAACAAUCAUAUCGUACAACGAUCAACCGAAACGUAUGCGCAACAACAAUUUCCAUAUAUACAUAACAUGUUACAAAUACAGCCGCAAGAACAAUUAGUAUUAAACAGAGUGACACCAAACUAUCACGAAGAAUUUCAAUCCUUGGACAAUACUGGUACAGGUGAAGUGAAAGGAGCAAAUGUUACAAGCGUUUUAGAUAUGGACAGUCAACAGUACAGCUUCGAUUCAAGUCUUAUUCAACUUGAUUCAGCAGAACUCGCCGCUUUUGGUACUGCUCUCUCUGAAAAUCUAUCGAGUGGAUUAUUUAUUUCAGAUUCUCCUAAGUCAGAAACAAGCAAAGCAGCAAACGCAGAACCAACUAACAUGGAAGAAAAUAGUAACAUGACCGACAGUUUUACAAGAAUUACUAAUAACACUAUUCAGGAAUUAUGCACUUUGAAUAAUAUGUAUAAACCAACGCGGGAAGUUGACGACUAAAGAAGUCGUACAUUUUAUUGAUCUUGAUAACAUUGUAAAAAAUAUGUUAUAUAAACAUUAUUUUUUAAACGAAAAUUUCUUUACAUGAAUAUAUCAUGUAAUGAAUAUUUAAUUAAUUGUGAUUAUAUCGCAGUACAUUACUGUGCAAUCUUGUAGAAUAUUUGUUUAAUCGAUAAUCAGUUUUAAACACUUGAUAUUUUUAUAUGAUUUUUAAAUAUCACUGUUUUCAAUAUCACAAACGAGAAAUAUUUAUCUACUAAGUGAUAUACAAAAUGCUAUAACUGUGAUCGACGUGUAUUGAAAUUUACACAUUUUAACGUGCAUGCAAAGUGUCUUGAUAUGAAUUAUUAUUAUAUAAAAUAAAACUCGGUGAAGAAAAUACAAUGUAUAUUAUAAGACAAUCUGCAUGCAAUAUUCGUACAAAUUGCUUAGCUAAAAUAAAUAUCCACAAAUAUUAAUUUCUAUUACAUAUCUUGUACGCUUAUACAAAUGUUUGAUUUUUAUUUUUUACACAUUUAUGUUUACUACAAAUUUGUUUGUAAAUAUAUGUAUUAGAAGUAAUAUCUGAGCACAAUGUUCGGCUCCUAAUAAUAUGCACCAGAUUAAAAAAUUUUCAAUAAUACAUGUUCCGUCCAGGUACGUUGAUUCAUAUUUAAAUUUUUCUGUCUUAAAUUUUAGUAUAUAACUACGGUUACAUUUCACCGUAGAUUAUAUAUAUAUAAUAUUUACGGUUUUAAUAUCACGUUAUCAAUUAUCAUAUAACUGAUAUCCGGUAUAUCAUUACCUUAAAAUCAUUACAGAAAUUUUUAUAAAUAAACAAUAUAUAUAUAUAAGAUACAAAUAACAUUAUACUUAAGUACAUAUGUUUACUGUAUAUACAAUUACAUCUUAGAAUACAUUAUAAUUUUACAUACAAUUAUACGUGUAAAUAAACAUAGAUAUUGAAAUUUCAGUAAUUUUUAUCUUGUUUAUAUCACAUAUUACGUACAUGUUUUAUUGUAAAUUGUUUUUGGAUAUUUACACAACAUAGUCACAUAUAAUCCUUAAUUUAUAUGUACAUAUAAGGUACAUAAAAACAAUCUUAGUCUAAAUUAUCUUCGAAGAAAUGAGCUGUCGAUUUAUCAUUAAAUUAUAAAUAGGGAAAGACGUCUUCCUUCACAAACACGUGAAGAAUAAAAAAACAUCUGUUGUUUUCCAAAAUGUAUUUACUUAAAAAUACAAUGAAAGUUCAAUUCUGAUGGAAUGGGCAGAAAUAUAGUCUGUGGUAUCGGUUACUGUUACGUUGAAAAUGAUGAUGCGAUGGUAUCCUGUACAAAAGUAGUUUGAACAAGACUUAUGAACACACAAACCAAAUUCUUAGCCUAAGAUUUCGUUUAAUCAUGUUUCAUUACCAAAAUUCAAUAAGAUUUUUAAAUUCACUUUUUUCUUCUUUUAAUGCUUACCUAACAAACGUAGGGAUGCAACUGUUUCUGGGCAUUCAGCUUGAUUGAUUGUAAGACCCGUUAGCACCAGUAAAUAGUUUUCAGAGUCACGUCAAGUACUGGAGCAGAGAAUGCCAUAAUUUCUGGCUCAAAGUACAGAACGCAAGUCCAUUUUCAUAUUUUUUGAACAUGUUGCAAACGGGGCUUCAUAUUGUAUUAAUAAAAUUAAAUGGACCUAUGCUUAUAGUGUAUGUAUUGUAUACUAUGAACGCUAAAGUACUCAUUUUUUGCUCAGGCACCUGUACUUUAAGAUAGUUCUUUGUCAACAUAAUCGUCAAGGUACUAUCUUGAAGUGAACACGUGUAAAUACAGCAGCAGAUUGUGUAUAAAACCGUAGAAUAACAGAGUUCUGGAGAUGGUAUGGCCUGUAAACAAUACAAUAAAUUGCUAUGUUGUACGUAUUGUUAUUUAUGUAUGCAUUCAAAUUUUAUUUCUUCCAUUGUAACAUCGAAUAAAUUAGGUUUAUCCUAUAAACAUGUGUACACAGACCAUUUCAUCUCCAAUGUAGCAGGAUUCAGUCCACGAAUAGCAGUUUUUUUUCGUUCUUUUAAUACUGCUAUUGCUGUCAUUUAUUUUCGGAAGUUAAACCCAUUACUACUUAUGAGAACGAAUCAUUUUCUCUGAUCUAACUGGCGUUUUAUUUAACUAUCUCAUUCGAAAAUAUUUGUACAUUAAAACGUGGGACAUCGUCUCGCAUUCAAAUUAUCGUUACCUUUAUUUAUUAUGCAGCUAUGGUACAAUGGUAUCGUAACCGCAAUGUCUCUUCACCCGUUUCUUGUCUACCAGUCUCCCGAAAUAAGUGGUGGCAUGGACCAUUCCAUUUGCAAAGAUCCACCGACUCUAGCACAAAGAGCAUCUAUAUUUUGACUGUUGGUAACCAGCUAAUAAUAUAACUCAUAUAUUAAAAAUUAUCUGACAUUUUUAAUAAAUCUAUGGGUAUGUCAUUAGUAAGACACUGAUCACCGUGUGCACAGGUGACUAUCAUAAUGAGAAUACUGUCACCCGUUCUGCGAUAGUCAACGAAUCAUUGCUCGAGUAGUCCAUGACGAAGUCAAAAUAAAACCACAGUACAUAAAAUAUGAAUAAAUUACGCUCAAAUGAGUGCAGUCGAAUAGGGAGAGUGUCGUUAAUUUUGUUGUAACUCUCAGGUUAACUUUUCCAUUACAAUUUUAACGAUUUUUGAAAUGCGCUACGUGGCUUCGUUACGUUUUAAAGUCAUUACGUAAAUACAAGAAACGUAUAUACUAAACAAAUGGAAUAUUUACUUUGAAGAAAUAAAAUAUUAUUCUGCAAUAUCUGUGCUUUGUAAAAUAAAAAUUCUCUCCCUACUCUAAAUACUCGAAGUCUAAAUUUUAACAACCUCUCCACAUUAUAUUACGUUACAUAAUAUUAUCGUUAAUAAUAAAAUGUUUCUUACUCCAUAACUUUAUACAUACUAUGUAUAAUUAUUAUGCAAUGUUAAAUUCACACAUUACUCAUCCACACUACUAGCGCGAGCGUUGUAUUAACCUUAAUUUCUAUUUUCGGAUCAAACAGGAGCACGAAGCAAAGAUUUUAAAUAUUAUUAAAAUCUUUUUCAUUUCUUUUUAAUAUACAACGAAUGUCGAGAGAUGUCCUUCCGGCUUUAUGUAUGCAUUUAUUUGCUAUUUUUGUUCCUUUAUGCGCUACUUGAUCCAUUUUAUUUAUCUUUUUUUUUACCGCUCGCGCUCCUGCAAAGUCAUUGCAAAUACACAUAUAUAUAGGUCGAAAAGGAAAAUCAAUCACGCGCACAAGGUGAGAGACAUUCGUCGAACUACAAACGUAAAUUUGAUUUCAAAUGUAAAAAAAUCAUCACCCACAAAUGUUCAUUUUACACUAUUUAAAUACAAUAGAGCUUUUUAUAUCUUAAAUAAGUUUCCGUUAUAAAACCGUCCCGAAGAAAGCCAGAUAACGGUAAAUAUACCAGUUAAUAGGUGGUUUGGAUAAAACAAUAAAUUCGUCUUGGGAUUACAUACGGUAUACUAAACGUACAACUGCGUCUGAAAAACUUAGAUAUUAAACAAAAUCAAUACCUACAAACUCCUCAGGACGAAUAUAUAGUUUUCACUCAAACUACCUAAUAGCAUUUGGUGAUGGCUAGACGACCAGAAUUGCGAAGAGCCAAGACAGUAGAACUGCGGCUGCCUCUAAUGUGUGUCAGCCCACCACAACUCCGGUGAGUUGGUAAUUUUUAUCGUACGUCGGGAGGCAAUAGGGUCUGGGCACGAUGGGUAUUCAACAUUGCUACCAACCACUCAAUAUGAGAGUAAGUUUGUUGAGAAGACUGCCGAAGAUCGACGACGGUCCCAUGUGCCUACCUCCUUUUUUACUUACAUACUUUUUUCCCUUUUAUCAUUAUGCGUCUUCCUCUUCAUCUUCUACUUCUCCUUCUACUUCACCUUCUGCAUCAUCUUCCUCUUCGUCCUCACCUUCUUCUAAAUCUUCUUCUCCUUCUGGUAUGUCAUCGUCUUCAUCAUCUUCUUCACCAUCUCCAUCAACUUCUUCCUCUUCCUCAACUUCCUCUUCUAUCUCUUCUUCUUCUACUUCCCCAUCACCAUUCUCUUCUUUCUUUUGUUUUUUUGUUUCAUCAUUUUUUUCCUAAAACAAAUUUAUUUAUUUAUCUGGCCUCUUCAUUCCUUUGAUCUCACACUUCGCGUCUCCGGAAGUCUUGUCGUUCUCAGUCACCUUCUCCACAGCGACCUCGUUGUUUUCCUUGCUGCUCAUGGUGGAUACGUACGUUGGGUAAGAUGCCUGCGUGUCCGCUUACAAACGAUGGAAAAGAUUAGAGCAAUGUGUACACGUAACAAAACUUCGUGUCCUCGCGCGGCGUCGGUUUCCGGCGAAAUGCCCGAGAGAGCAGCGUCGUCAGGCGAAAACCCAAGAGGCAGAGGGGGGAGAAAGAGGGGAAAGGAGGGUGAGACAGAGAGCAACCAGUCAGGAGUGGAGAGUGUCGUGUACUGACGACUGUGGCGCGAAUAGCGCAAAGCGGACUACUACCCGGUCUCAGCUCGCUUCUAGCAUAUCCAACCUGGCUUUGUUCAAAAAUGAAGAUGGCGCGGGUUUGAAACUCGAUAAAUGCCUGAUUGGUUGAAAUCAUAAUAUCCUUUU